UUAUUUAAUAAUUAGCAUUAAACUAGCCUGAUAGAUUUUCGGCAUUCUGUUGAUAUGUAGCUGUAUUAAUUAAUGUUGGUCAAUGAUUCAUCAGGUAUAAAAUUCUUUAAUCCAACUUUUUGCUCCAAACAUGACCUCAUUGGAACUGCAGUUUAUACCAGUAUGAUGCCCUCGACUUUUUAUCAGUUGUACAAAACGUAAUCCUUCCGACCACUUGUUAAAUGUUGUUAGUCUUCAACCAAGAACUAAACAUAUUUUCUACGUCUUGAUUUCAUCUUUUUACUGAACACUAACUUUUUGAGUGCUUGAGCUUUCCGUGCUCUAGUCUAAUUCAGGCUGCAUACUACUCAGUUUUUCAAUGACAUUAUUGGCAAAUUCUCUGCCGUUAUUACUUUGAAGAAUACUGGGUGCGCCAAAAAUUGUAAAAAUGUCUAUAAGAACGUAGACUGCAUCUUCAGCCCUUUUGGUUUUUAAUGGUCAUAGUUAAAUGAAUUCAGUCAGGUGGUCUUGGGUCACGAGUAUAAAUUUAUAUUGCUCAUCGGCUUGCGACUGCAUAUCUAUAAGAUCGACCUGACAUCUCGAGUUCAUUUCAUUACUAAAAUUGGUUUAACUACCAAGCCUUUUUAAGGAAUCUUCUGAUUUUUUCUGAUAAAUUUCACAUAAGUUCAAGUAAACUAUGAUCACAUUUUGUAUUCUUUGUAAUAUUUUUAUAUUUUGUACUUAAUUCUUUUUCCAUAUAGUUUCUGCCGCCAUGAUCAAUAGCAAUAUGGUCAUCAUGCAAUAUCUGAAAUAUUUCUUCAGUGUGAACAUAAAUAUUUAAUCAAAUUACCUUCUUUUACAGGCACAGUUAAUUUUUCUAUUUCUCUGAUAGAUACGACAUCAUAUCUAUGUAAACACUGAAAUUCUUUUGAUAGCUUUGAUUUUUGACUCUGACUUUUUGCUGCUGUUAACUCAUUUAAUCAGUUGUUGAAGCGGCUAUUCAUAUCACUUAAUGAUUGCUUCAUGAUCGUUACUUUUUCAAAGUAGAAAAUACUAUUUUAAGAGACAAAAGUAAAAUUAAAAUGUUGCACAAGAUUAAUUACUGGUCACAUGAAUUCAAAAUUUGAUACUAAAUGCAAUAUGCAUGUGCAACUCAGAUGGAAGUGUUGAUUGGACUAGUGUAUGUCAGAUGAUCACUCUUCAAGGUAUUAUUAUUAUUUAUAAUAAACAUCUUAAUGCCCAAUGAGUAUAUAGACACAACCAAUUCUAGCCUGAUUAUUCAGGUGAUCGUUGGUUGUGUCUAUUAUUAUCAUCACUUUUCCCAACUUUUUUGAUAGCAGUAUUCAUAGUGACUGGUCAGUCUGAUAAAUUAUGAUAAAAAACUGAAAUUUAUUAGUUUUCGAUUUUGUUUGUCAUUAUUCAUAAUGACUGGGUAAUAUGAAUAAUGCCUGUAUUAAUCACUUAGUCCAUAACAUAUAGGCCUAAUAAUAUGCAUAAUCCAAUAUAUUAAUAAAUCAAACAAUCUGAUAGAUUUUUAUUGGGCUAUAUUAAGGCUAAUUAAUAAUUGAAAUGGAUCAAUUUGGCUAGAAAAACUGAAUAAUAAAAAUGAACAAUAGACUUUCAAUAUUCACAAUGUAUGAUUGAUCUCUUUUGGUGAUGUCAUGAGCAUUCAAAAAUGUUUUCGUGAACAUGAACAUAUGAAGUGCUUUGGUAACCCUUAGCACUGGUUUGGGGUUGGCCUUAUUGUCAUCACAAUCUCUUCCCUUCUAGUUCAUUGGCUGGUAGGUAAGAUGCAUGCAAAGUAAGAACAGCUAACUUCAUAUCAUAUCAGCUAUACACUCCAAACUGCUAUUUCUUAUACUAUAUUUCAUAAGACAUCAACUACAGUAGAACCUUGAUUAUCCAGAUUGUUCAAAAUAAACAAAAAUUUUACGAAUUUGCUGAUUUGCACUUGGCGAAAUUGCAACACUAUGUAUGUGAUGGAAUGCAUAACAUUUUUUGUUCCAACAACGUCUCACCUGGCACAGUGGUUGUAAACUUUUUAACACAUUUUGUGUCGUAAUAAAAAUAUAACUUGACAUACAUAUUUAUAAAUAAUUUAUAUUGAAAUUACAUCAUUUCUAUGGCCAUGGGUGACGUGGGCCACCGCUUACGGCCUCACGCCUUGAAGGUUUAUGCAUUACUUAAAAGCCAUGAAUGCGACAAAAAAUUUUACUCAUCAUAAAACGAUAAAUAGUUUGCAUUUUUAUGAAUAAAAAUUUGACAGUUUCAACUGCUUUUUAUUUUAUCAAAUCCAUGUUCUUGUGCCACCAGAGGGUCUUUAAACAAUAGGCAGUCUGUUAGUGCUGGUCAGUAGUAGUCCAAAUUCAAUACGAAUGUUUGUUUUUUGAAAAUUUGAUCAUGAUUUAAAUACAGUAUUUAUUUUUAAUAUUACCGAUAUGUCAUUGAAAAGUAAAUGUGCUGUAUUAUCAUUAAAUUGGAUAUAAUCAAUGCUUUGAAAUGCGAUGAGUCUGGAUGUUCAUUAUCUAAUAAAUAUGGUGUUGGAACGUCAACGAUCUCGGAUAUAAAAAAACAAAGUGAAAAAAUUAUGAAGUUUACUAAUUGUUUAAUGUCAGAAGAUGGAACAUCAGAGCAUAAAGUUAUGAAAAAAUCAGGAAAUGAAGUUGAAGAGUGUAUGUUUAUGUGGUUCAUACAAUGAUGAUCAUCUGGACAGCCAAUAUCUAGUCCAUUAUUGUGUGAGAAAGCAAUAUUUUUUAAUACAAGAUUAAAUGGAAAUCCCACCUUCAAAGCAAGUUUGGUCUGGCUUGAAAAAUUCAAAGUACGACAUGAUAUCAGGGAAUUUGAAGUUCACAGGGAAAAGCUUUCUGCUGACAUACCUUCAGCAAACACUUUCAUUGACACAUUGAAGGUGUUCGUAGAGAAGGAAGGAUUUGACAAAGAAUUUAUUUACAAUGCUGACGAGACUGGUUUAAAUUGGAAGAAACUACCCAACAAAUCUUUAGCAUCAAGGCGUGAAAAUACUGCACCAGGGUACAAAACUAGUAAAGAACAUGUCACCAUUAUGGUGUGUGCCAAGACAGCAGGCAGACACAGACUCCCACUGCUUGUCAAUGGGAAAUCAAAGAACCCUAGAUGCUUUAAAAAUAUCAGAAGUUUUCUGGAUGAAUAUGACCAUCAGAAAAAAGCCUGGAUGAAUGGAAAAAUUUUUAAACGAUGGUACGAAAAGCAAUUCAUUUCAGAAGUAAAAAAAUAUCAAAACUCCACAGAUAAAAGAAGAAAAACAUUAUUAUUACUAGAGAAUGCAUCGUCCCACCCAUCUAUAGCAUGUUUAAACCAAAUCGAUGAAUGUUUACGGUAAAAUUUCUUUCACCAAAUGUCAUGUCAGUAAUGCAACCAGACAGUAAUACAAUGUGAUAGAAACAGUAAAACGCUUAUAUAUUGAUAGAAAACAGAUGCUUCGACGAUUAUUGCUAGCAGACAAAAAUAAUGAAGAAACAGUUAUCAGCUUCCAUAAGAAAAUAAAUAUAAAAGACUGUUGCUACAUAGCAGCAGAGAGUUGGAAUUCUAUAGAUGUAUCAACUUUGAGAAAAUCAUGGAACAAAAUUUUGAAAAGACCAUUAGAAAAUUCUAGUAACACAGUAGAAAGUGGUGUACGAGACAUUGCGGAAGCAAUAGCACAAAUUUUAAUAUGUGCUGAAUGUGAUGAAGAAGAUGUAACUGAGUGGUUAAAUUGUGAUGUGAAUGAUCCUGGAUUCGAAAUUUUGAAUGAUGAAAUAAUUAAAGAAAUAUCUGCCUCAGAUGAACAAGAUUGAGAACAUGAAGAAGAGAUUUGCAAAGUAAGAUAUAUUGGUCCUACACAUUCUGAAUCUUUUCGGUGUUUAGAUGUCACCAUGAAGUGGUUUGAGAGCUAAGAAGAGUAACUCAGGACAACUUAUAUGUUUUAAAAAUAUUUGUGAUUUAACAGCUUCAAAGAGAACAGCUAGCUUUAAACAAAAAUCGAUAAUUGAAUUUCUUAAUAAAAAAUAAUUUAACAUUGAAGCUACAGUAUAUAUAAAUCUAGACAAAUAAAAAUUAUUCAUACUGUAUGUGCAUGUCUUUCACUGUCAAUUAUUAUUUUUUUCGAUUAUCUGGAUUUUUCCUUAUCCAGGCUUCCUUCAUCCUCAAUUAGUCUGGAUAAUUGAGGUUCUACUCUACUAACAAUAUGUACUAACAUUUGUUUGUGGUAUUGCUUUUUCUUAAAAACAAUCAUUGGGCUGCAAUGUGAAAAAAAUUGUAGACCUGUAAAUUCCCACUGUCGUCUGUCUGUCUGUUCUCCUAUAAUCUUGAGAAUGGAGUUAGAUAGAUGAAAAUCGAGACCAGAUAUGGAAAGCUUUAGGCCCCGAUUAACUAUGUAUGAACUUCUGGUUUGCACUGGAAGUCAUGUUAUUUCAAUUCAAAAACUUUCUUCUGAAAGGAGUUAGUUACAUAACCUGCACAACUCUAUUGCUAACAGGAAAAGUAUGAUGUACAGGGACAGAAUGCUAUUAAUUUGAGAUGGAGAACAUAUAUUUUAAAUUAAAUAAAUUUAAAAUAUGAUUAAAAAUUGCAUCCUGGCAUUUUGAUGAUGUCACAAUAAAACAAAUGCUUGUUCUAGGACUAACAGUCUUCAAGAUUAAAACUUUUGAGUAAUAGAUACAGAAAAAUGCUAAAUCAAGGAAUUAUUGAUUUAGGUUUAAUUUUUAGAGUUUAAAUAGGAUUUGGUUAGGGAUCCUAGAAGUAAGUGAUGCUUCCAGGAAAACAAUUUAUCUCGGAAUGAUAGAGUAUUUGUAAUUAUAGUAAUUAACUGUAACGUAAUUUUAUUUUAAAUUUAAAGUAGUACAUAAAAAUCAUUAAAGCAUCCAAAGUUGUAAACUGAAAACAUGCAUCUGCUUAGCAUGUAUUUUCAUUUAAUCAAACUCAGUUAAUCAGUUUUCAAAUAGUCAAGUGAUUUUAUUAUUGUCAUCAAAGAUAUAACUAGCUGAUUAUGUUAAAAUUAUUUUCUACAUUUAAUAGAAAAAUAUAGAAAAGCAUCAUAUCCAUUUACUAUAAAAUACAGCAGUAAGAACUAUAGGAAAAAUGUUUUAAAUAAAAUAUUUAAUAGUUUUACCACACUGCUAUUGAUUUCUUUUAAUCAUUCUGGAUUUGGUAUAUUAUGUCUUCUAAUUCAAUAAACUUCUUUAAGAUUCCAUAUUUCUUGUUUUUUAGAAGCUUAAUUGACUUACGUAAACAUGUAUUUUGGAACCUUCUCUUUAAUGCAUUGCACUCCUUUGUUAUGCUAAUUCUAUGUAUAGACAUCGGAAACACCCUUUUGUCAGCACAAUCCUUAAGGAACUCCAGAUUGCAGUUAGCCUUAACCAUCUUCAAAGCAAUUUUUCUAUAUAAUUUAUUUAACAUGAUCAUUAUAAUGAUGAUUUUUCAGUGAAAAUUUUAGUUAAUAUCUAGCCAACAAAAU